AUGAUUGAUGCGGUUGGAAGUGGCACAUCGCUGCAAAGCUUGCCGACUGAAAUCUUGAUCAACAUUCUAAGUCAUUUAGACGAAAAGGAUCUAUACGCAGUACAAGCUACCUGUAAACAUUUCCGGGAUAUCAUCAAUGAUGAGGAGCUUUGGAAAAACCUGUUUGUGUCGCGGAUCAACACUCGGCUAUUUCCUUCCUUCUCGCGCUCUUUGAAGUUUAGUGUAGAAUAUGUGGAGAGAAACCGUGGACUCAACGAAUGGAGGCACAAUAGGGCCAUAAAGACCAGAUAUACCGUGGCGACUCAAAACCAGUACAACCAGCUCGAGCAGAUGGUAUUCGAUUACCCCCGCUGUGCGUGCUAUAGUGAUGGCGUCAUAAUGCUGGUUCAACUGCACUCCAGAAGGCGUAAAGAUAGGUUAACAUACAUGCCUUGUACAACACCACAUGGGUGUUCUACUAUGCAUUUUAAUAUAAACGCAGCAGUUUUUGGGCGAUUCGAUGGCCGUGUUUUCGGCAAACUUUUGACAAACAAGUCGCAUCUGUGCCCUGUCACUGAGUUCAAUGCCAUGCACCGCUCCUGUGUGACGGCCAUCACAACAGCCGCACUCGAGGACUCUUCAGAAGACUGGUGUGUAAGCGGUUGCGAAUCAGGACAAGUUAUUUGGUGGCGCGAGGCUAAACUGCAGAAGUCUUUGCAGAUUUCAAAUAAACCCAUUCUGCGACUUGCUUUGCACAAAGAUUGGACCGUAGCCGUGGACUCGGAACACAUUUGCAUUGUCCAAAAGAUGGACACCAUUUUAAGGCUAGACAUUCCAUCCAAUUUGAGGCGAUCUCCUAAUCAGAUUCAGUUUUUUAAGGUUGAUUUUGGUGGGAAAUUAUUGGUAUUAGGUGAUACAACUGAGAUUUAUGUUAUAUCUAUUGACGUUGAUCAAGAUUUUGGCCACACGAGGUCUUUGCGAUUCGAAAACAGUGUGCAAAACGUCUUCAUAGAUGAGGCGACUGCUAAGAGAACCCAAGAUGCUUCCAUCGCUGGUGGUGACGGUUGUUUUAUGGGCAUUUUGACCGCUGACAACUCUGUUCACACCGUAAACAUUCGCACACCUGGUUCCAAUCUUAGCAUACAAACAAAACUCACCUUUAUUGAUGAGGUUCAUGUUGCUCAGAUAAACAAUUUGGUGCUAGUAUGUGCUUUUAGUGGCUCCUUGGGAAUCUUUGAUGCUGCAAAUGGAUCUGAACUGAGGGUGGUACGAAAAACUGAGAAAACCCCACAAUUUUUGGGAGUCUCCCAUGGCCGAAUGAUUGUGGGAAGUGGUAACGUUUUACAUUUUCUGCAGUACGCCGGCCUGGAAGACAAACAAAAGAAGACAGGAUCUUCGCAAGUAACCAGAGGCAAUAAAUGGAACGAGGUGUUACAUUCCCAGCUAGACCUCUAUAAUGAAGAUGAAAAUUCUCGUUUGCAAGAGCAAAAGAGGCUUGAAAAGCUAAGGCGGAAGUUCUUGGGUGAUGUUGACGAUGAAGAAACUCAACUCCGGAUAGCAUUGAUGGAGUCUGAAGCUGCGGCUGCGAACUUCCCUUUUUCUGCCAUGAAAGAAAGCAGUACAGAGCCGGAUGAAGAACUUUUGAGGGCCAUUGAAGAGUCCAAGCUUAGCUUCGAGAACAGUUUAGCCAGCGAUGAACAGGGCGAAGACUUGGAGCUUCUUCGAGCAAUUCAGCAGUCAAGGGAGGAGGAAGAGUCUCGGCGGACCUCGCGUAGGUCGCAAAGGAGAAUGGCCCCUCUUGGCGAACUAGUAGGCUCCAGUAGUAUUGAGCCCCAGAGCAAUCGGCAGGAACAGCGUGCUAAUCCCGUAUGCCUGCAAUCUCAAGCCUCUGAAGUUUCUCCCGAUCAACAUAGACACUUUGAAGAUGAAGAGCUCGAACUUGCAAAAGCAUUAUCUCUAAGCGAGUUGAAUUGA